GCUGACAUAAUUUUGUCUUUUCUGUAGGCUGUAAUGGCCAGCGACUUCGCCAUUGCACAGUUUCGGUUUCUCGAGAGGCUUCUAGUUGUACAUGGACAUUGGUGCUACAAAAGAAUUGCUCAGAUGAUCUGCUAUUUCUUCUACAAAAAUAUUGCAUUUGGCCUCACAAUCUUCUACUUUGAGGCUUUUGCUGCCUUUUCUGGGCAGUCGGUUUAUGUUGACUGGUACAUGCUGCUGUUCAACGUUGUUCUUACGUCAUUGCCGGUGAUUUCACUUGGAGUAUUCGAACAGGACGUGGAUUCUGAAGUGUGUUUGCAGUUUCCUGCCCUAUAUCAGCAAGGACCAAAAAAUUUGUUCUUCGACUGGAGCAGAAUAAUUGGGUGGAUGGUAAAUGGUCUAUACACGUCCCUCAUCAUCUUUUUCCUCAACAUUAUCAUCUUUUACGACCAAGCUUUCCGUUCUGGAGGCCAGACGGCUGAUAUGACUGCUGUUGGUACUGCUAUGUUCACUUGCAUCAUUUGGGCCGUUAAUUGCCAGAUUGCACUUACGAUGAGUCACUUCACAUGGAUACAACACUUGUUCGUUUGGGGCAGCGUCACUACAUGGUAUGUGUUUCUUGUAUUCUACGGAGAAUUGUCAUCAGCCCUCGAUGAAAAUGCCUUCAAAAUCCUCACAGAAGUUCUGGCUCCGGCCCCGAUUUACUGGAUCACCACCCUCUUAGUAACCAUUGUCUGUAAUCUCCCAUACCUUGCACACAUUUCUUUCCAAAGAUCGUUCAAUCCAAUGGAUCAUCACGUCAUUCAAGAAAUCAAGUACUACAAGAGAGACAUCGAGGAUCGACAUAUGUGGAAACGAGAGCGAUCAAAGGCAAGACAGGAGACAAAGAUCGGAUUCACAGCCCGAGUCGAUGCGAAAAUCAGGCUGUUAAAAGGGAGACUGCAGAAAAAGUAUUCAUUAAUGAGUGCACCUUCUGUAAUAUCACAGCAAACAUAAUUAUUGUGCAUUUAAGAUUUUUAUUUCUAGGUUUCUUGGCUGUUUGCAAAUUUCCCUCUUUGUUUUCCUUAUUGAACCUUGUUGGUUCAUUCUUAGUGUAUAUUUUGUCCAACAUAGUGAGGUAUUCCUAACACCAAAGCACUUUGGCUGUUGUAUGUAUGAUAUUUUUCAGGUGAUUA